AUGUCGAUGGAAAUUGCCGGCGGCGAAGUCAUCAGGGUCCAGUCCCUAUCUCAGAACGGCAAAGGUCAGGUUCCAAUCCAGUACAUACAACCCCCAGAGAACCGUCCCAGCAAGCUUAAUACUCCAAACACCGAAAGCAGUAAACUCGUCCCGGUAAUCGACCUGAGCACUGGCCGGAACGCCGACCUUCUUCUUGGGGAAAUCGCAGGAGCAUGCAGAGAAUGGGGAGCCUUUCACGUGACUAACCAUGGCGUUCCGAUCCGAUUGCUGGACGACAUGAGAAGCGCCGGCCGAUCAUUUUUCGAAGACAGCCACAUGGCCGAUAAGAUCCAGUACUCAUGCAACUCCAGUUCUCCGGCGUCUGAGGGCUACGGCAGCAGAAUGCUGGUGUCAUCUGACGACACUGUUUUGGAUUGGAGGGAUUACUUCGAUCAUCACACCUUACCCAUUUCUCGCCGUAAUCCUUCUCGUUGGCCUCACUUCCCUCCUAAUUACAGGUUGAUCUCUGCUCCUUCCUCCUUAUAUUGUUUUGUUCUGUUGGUGCUAACGUUCUGUUUGGUUGCUGAGAAAACACAGUGUAUGUCCUUGGACAGAGAAAUUGUGGUAGACUAUAGUGAUCACAUGAAGGCACUUGCUCAAAAGCUGUUGGGCUUAAUCUCUGAGAGUCUGGGCCUCCCAUCACUGUGCAUUGAAGAGUCCAUUGGGGAAUUCUAUCAAAACAUUACGAUCAGUUACUACCCACCUUGCCCACAACCGGAGCUCACCCUUGGUUUGCAAGCACACUCUGACAUGGGUGCCAUUACUUUUCUCAUCCAAGACGAUGUUGGGGGCCUUGAGGUUUGCAAGGAUGAUGGUGAAGGACACGGAGGAUCAAUGGGCGAAGCAUGGCAAGGGGCAGGAAUGCAGUUGAAGCUCCAGAAAGUGCUCCGAGUGCAGAGAGGCACUAGAGAACAAUGGAGCGUAGAGUGGAGUGCCUUAAGGUGUAGAUGGCCCAAAGUAUCCAAAGAUAUGGCUGGUGUUCUUCACGAUAGGCAUGCCUUAAGGUUAGGUAUCGGACAAGAGGUGGUCAUCUAA